CCGCUCGGCCCAAUAAACUACGUAGGACCGCUCAUCUUCCAGCUCAGCUCUGCGCUGCUGUUGCACGGGAGAGAGAAGAAAAUGUGGGGGGAAAUAAACUGUUCCGCUCGAUUGACGUGACGGCGAGCCGCGAGAGGAUUCCGACGAGGGACGCAAGAAGAUUUGGCCGUUCAAUUACAGGAAAUUUCAGCAGAGAGCCAGAGACAAUCGAUUCCGGCUUCCGCUGCGGGAUUCGGGCUGGGCUCCUAUACCCACCGCGCCGCUAGCUGAGCUCCUCUCCGACUUGCCUCCCCAGGCUUUGCUAAGUAGGAAGGCAUGUUGAGUGGCCACACCGUGACCCUGCACGAGAGGAGCGGCUCCGGUGCGCGCUUGAUCGAAGAUGUCGCGUCCGAGGCAGGGGACGCGGAAACCGAGGCCGCCGCGAGAGUUCUGUACCGGGCCUCGUUUCGGGAGCUGAUGCCCGACUACCUGCAGUACGACACGAUCAUCUGGGCGCUGAUAUCCCUGCUGCUUGUUCUGGCGUGGGGGAUUGGUCUGCUCUUGCUUCUCUACUUGCCGUACAAGAGAUACGUGCUUAAAAGGGACAUCCUGUCCCGCGAAUUCUAUGUCACCGGAAAUAAGAUAGUGUACAAGGUGACUAGACCUUCGUACUUGCCGUUCCUGGGGAUAGUCAAGAAAGAGAUUAAAAUACCGCUUCAUUUGGUUGUUGAUGUUAUAAUAGAGCAAGGCUGUCUGCAAUCUGCUUACAGCUUGUACACAUUUAGAAUAGAAAGCAUAGCCCAUGGGAAACCUGCUCCAGUGGAUGAACUUCAAUUUCAUGGUGUCCAUAAUCCAGAUCUUCUGAGAAAGGUUAUAAUCAGAGAAGCUUCCAGGAGAAUCCAAGAAGUCCCAAGUUGGAAAACUAGAAUGUACUCUGGGGAAGGCCCUUCUGAUGUCCCACCAAUUAGUGGAUUUCACUCUCCUAGUGCAAAGGAUGGAAUCCCUACGUGUAGGUCAAAGCUUCCCCAAUGCAUCCUGUCCUUGAUUAUGGGGGUAGAAUUCCUGACAAUAUAUUGCUCCAUAAGCUUGAAGAAGUUAGUCGAUCAGUGAAGAAUCUUGAGUCUCUCCUCGUAGGAUUACAUUCAGGAGAAUGAUCUGAUAGAUGUUUAACCCAUAUUAUGAUUCCAUCUUCUAUGAUUAACUCUCAAACAUGGAAAGAAGAACAGGAGGUACUUGCGGAAUAUAUGAACUCUGUGUUGUAUGUAGCCCUGCAAACACGAUGGGACAUUAUGAAACAUCUGUUAGUGUUAAGAAGAAGCUUAUAGUUUGAUGCAAUUUCUUGCUGCCGAUUAUUUGUUGUACAUAAGUGAUGCUGAUUCUUCCAAGUUUCACAAUUCAAUGUACAAAGAAAUGUGGAAUCAAUGGCAUUGGAAUCAAAAGUAGACCUA